GCAACAUUUUAAGUCCAUUUUCUCCCGGCCUAUUAAACCCUCCUAUCCAGUUCGCCCCACCCCCUCUUUUAAGCAGGCGAAGCAGCAGCUGCAACAGGUAGGAUUUACUCAAUCCGUACAGAUACAGAGACCCUCCUUUGCUUCACUGCUUGAUCAUUCAAGAUGUUCACCACCAAAAAGAAAAUCCAGAAAGACAAGGAUGCUGAGCCCACUGAAUUUGAAGAGACAGUUGCACAGGCUUUGUUUGAUUUGGAGAAUACCAACCAGGAGUUGAAAAGUGACUUGAAAGAUCUUUUCAUUAACCAAGCAAUUCAAAUGGAUGUUUCUGGAAACCGCAAAGCCAUUGUUGUUUAUGUUCCUUAUAGAUUGAGGAAGGCUUACCGUAAGAUUCAUCUCCGUCUUGUUAGAGAGCUGGAGAAAAAAUUCAGUGGAAAGGAUGUUGUUAUGAUUGCUACCCGAAGGAUAUCAAGGCCACCAAAGAAAGGCUCUGCUGUUCAGCGACCUCGCUCCCGCACACUCACAGCUGUCCAUGAUGCCAUCCUCGAGGAUGUAGUUUAUCCAGCAGAGAUUGUUGGGAAACGUGUCAGAUACCGUCUUGAUGGCUCCAAAAUCAUCAAGAUUUUCUUGGAUCCCAAGGAGAGGAACAACACUGAGUACAAGUUGGAGACAUUCUCUGGAGUUUACAGGAAGCUUACUGGCAAAGAUGUUGUUUUUGAAUAUCCUAUUACAGAGGCCUGAAGAGAUGAGGAUGGUGUUAAUGUUUUGCAUUGUUACUUAAUUGAGCUCUACAAUUGCUUUGACUAGGGUACUAAAAAUUUUGACUGAUAAGUUUGGUGUGAGACCUUUUUUUUUUUUUUUUCCCCAAAAUAGGACAGAUUAAAAUUAUUUAUAUUUCAAACUGUAUUGCAAAUUGUUGAGCUGGAAGGACCUCAUACCUUUGCGUACAAUUGAAAUUUAUUUGUUUAGUGUGAAACAAUAUGCUCGAUUGGUUGUGAUGACCAUUCGUGUCUCCUUACGUUGCAGAUAAAGAAUUGGUGGUACUUACUA